AGGGCGGGGCCUCUCGGGGCCAAGCCCCGCCCCCCGCCCCAUAAAUACGGCUUCCCGGGUUCUUUGUGGGGCUGAGAGCUCAGUGGAAAGUGGGGGGUAGUGUCCGCCUUGCCGACGCUGCUGGCCGUGGGGCUGUCCUCGGAAGGCGGACGGCGAGCGCCAGGUUCCCGCACUAGGCCGCCUGCCGUGCCUGUCUGCGCCCGUGUCAUCCUCACUCGGGACGCGGGGGCCGUUUUUAAAUCACAGGGGGCGUGUGUCAGCCUGCCCUAGGACUUCAUGUCUAUAUAUUUCCCCAUUCACUGCCCCGACUAUCUGAGAUCGGCCGAGAUGACUGAGGUGAUGAUGAACACCCAGCCCAUGGAGGAGAUCGGCCUCAGCCCCCGCAAGGAUGGACUUUCCUACCAGAUCUUCCCAGACCCGUCAGACUUUGACCGCUGCUGCAAACUGAAGGACCGCCUCCCCUCCAUAGUGGUGGAACCCACAGAAGGGGAGGUGGAGAGCGGGGAGCUCCGGUGGCCCCCUGAGGAGUUCCUGGUCCAGGAGGAUGAGCAAGACAACUGCGAAGAGACAGCGAAAGAAAAUAAAGAGCAGUAGAGUCCCUGUGGACUCCCAUGGGUCAUACCAGCCAGCAUCUGUUCCUGAACUGUGUUUUUCCCAUCAUGACGGAAGAAGAGAGUGAGCCACAAUCGUUCUGAAAAUGUCAAACGAGGCUUCUGUUUUGCAGCUGCAGAUCACCGAGUUGGUUUUCUUUUCUUUUCUUGUCCUUUUUUUUUUUUUUUUUUUUUUUUUUGAAACUUGCCGAGCAGUGGAGCCCUCUGACAGUUUGCAAGGCCCUCUGAGAAAGGAAGCUGCUUAGGGCCAGGGGGUUAGGGGGUGGGGGGAGCGAGUGCUGUUUUUGAGAUCAUUAUCUGAACUCACGCAGCCUGGUAGAGGCAGUGGUGGGAUUCCAAUGGGUCUUGGUGGGUGGGAGGUGGGGCAUGUGCAAAGCAAGCAAGGAACAUUUGGGGUAAGAAAACAAACAUGAGGCAAAAGAAAAAAAUACAUGUUUUUAAGAAAACAUUGAGCAGAGAACUGCAGCCAGGAUGCGCUCAGCAGACAUUCACUCUGGCUGCUGGUACAUCAGAAAACAAACUCUUCAUCUCUCUUUCCAGUUUCACCCACCGCACCCUUUGCUUUCAUUUCAGGUGUGUUGGUCUAUGACAGGGAGGAGAGGAAAGGAGAGCAGGAGCCCUUGGCUGCCUGCAAAGCCAGCUGGGGGUGAUGUGCAGGAAAGGAAAGGUCACCCCAUUCUUCUCCACGGCCUGUCUGCUCCCAGCUGUGGUAGGCUCACAUAGCCAAGGUGAUUGGUUUUUCAGAGGCAGUGCUUUUCAGCUUUUCUCCCUGAUAUAUCCAUUUUGCUUCCCAGCACUUUUUAGGAGUAGUGAGAGCACUUCCUGCCCUUGUUGGAAGCCCCAGGGUGGACACUUGGCAUGAAGGUCUCUCCCUCAACUGCUGCCCUCCCAAGACUUGCUCCCAGGAUGGAGUGGGUGUGCUCUCCCAGGCUGGCCCUUCCUCCUCCUCACCGCCACCUUCCCUGCCCCAGCCACAGCAGCCACGGACACAUGGGUCCCCAGCUCAGCUGUGGAUUCCCGCCAGUCUGCCCAGCUACAGUACUCACACCCGUGGGGGUUCUUGGUCUGUUUUUCUUGUGGUUGCCAAGUGGAGAGCAGACGUGGCUUUUUCUGUGUCUCGUUGGGGAGGUGACUUGCGUGGUGGGGACAAGGCUCUCGUGGCAGCCUUGGGAUCGAGUUUGAGACUAAAGGAUGCCAUGAGGUCCCUGGCUUCUCCCCAUGUUGUUCCUGGACAAGGGCAGAAGGGAGGCAUGGCAAGGGACCUGCACUGUCCUUACUCAACAGUGUUCCUCAUCCCUCCCCACCUCCCACUCCUUCCUGCAAGGGCACCAGUUGUAUGAGAAAGUUGGCAUUUGGACUUAGCAUUUCUUAUCGUAGCUAAGAGCCAUCUGAAGCAGCAGGUUGCAGGACAAAUGCUUCAGUCCACCCGAGAGCAGUACCGUGUGGCCAAGAGGUGGACUCAGAGCCUUCUUUGAGCUAAACUCGGCCAACCAAGGCACGCAGCUUGUCCCCUCAGGUCUCCAGUCAGUCCAGGUUGACCCUCAGUUCUGGACAUGUGUAUAUAGCUGUAUUUAAUACCUCAAGGUCAUUGUGGCUCUGGGGAUGCCGGGGCAGGAGGAUGAGGGUGUGCUGUGGACACAGCAGUCCGCGGGAUUCCGUUCUGGGAAGCCGAUGGUCGCCGGCACCCCCUGCUUCCUCCCUCUGUUGUCUGCCUGUGUGACACACAUCAAUGGCAAUAACUUCUUCCAACUCCUCGCAGAAGUGGGAGAGGCCUGCAGCCUGCACCGAGAGGGGCUUUCCUCUCCUCUCUCUUGCUCCCCGCUUCGUUCUGUUUUGGCUGCAGAGAGUGGUUCAUCCGUACUCUCAUUCCCUCGCCUCCCCUAGUGGACGGAGGCGGGGGUCUUGCCUUUUCAAUUCCUGUGUUUUGGUGUCUUCCCUUAUCUGCUACCCUGAAUCACCUGUCCCGGUCUUGCUGUGUGAUGGGAACGUGCUUGUAAACUGCGUAACAAAUCUACUUUGUGUAUGUGUCUGUUUAUGGGGGUGGUUUAUUCUUUUUGCUGGUCCCUAGACCACUUUGUAUGACCGUUUGCAGUCUGAGCAGGCCAGGGGCUGACAGCUAAUGUCAGGACCCUCAGCAGUGGAGCCUGCUGGGGGGACCCAGCUGCUCUUGGACAAGUGGCUGAGCUCCUAUCUGGCCUCCUCUUUUUUUUUUUUUUUUUCCCAAGUAAUUUGUGUGUAUUUCUAACUGAUUGUAUUGAAAAAAUUCUUAGUAUUUCAGUAAAAAUGCCUGUUGUGAGAUGAACCUCCUGUAACUUCUAUCUGUUCUUUUUUGAGGCUCAGGGAGAAACUAGCAUUUUUUUUUUUUCCAAACUACUUUUUGUCACUGUGACAGUUGUAAAUAAAGUUUGAAAAUGCU